CCCUCGUCGGAGCGGCCGCUCGUCCGCCCGCCCGCUCGAGGCCCGCGGGGAGCGCGGCGCAGUCCGUCGGCCCGCGGGGGGGCGGCCUCCCGGCAUCUUCGCGGCGACCAAGGACGACCGGGGGAGGAAGCGGCCGGGAUGGCGCGUCCGCGGCCCCGCGAGUACAAGGCGGGCGACCUGGUCUUCGCCAAGAUGAAGGGCUACCCGCACUGGCCGGCCCGGAUUGAUGAACUCCCAGAGGGAGCUGUGAAGCCUCCAGCAAACAAAUAUCCUAUCUUCUUUUUUGGCACCCAUGAAACUGCAUUUUUAGGUCCCAAAGACCUUUUUCCAUAUAAGGAAUACAAAGACAAGUUUGGAAAGUCAAACAAACGGAAAGGAUUUAAUGAAGGAUUGUGGGAAAUAGAGAAUAACCCAGGAGUGAAGUUCACUGGAUACCAGGCAAUUCAGCAACAGAGCUCCUCGGAAACGGAGGGAGAAGGUGGAAAUACUGCAGAUGCGAGCAGUGAGGAGGAAGGGGAUAGAGUGGAAGAGGAUGGAAAAGGCAAAAGAAAGAAUGAAAAAGCGGGCUCUAAACGGAAAAAGUCCUACACUUCGAAGAAAUCCUCUAAACAGUCCCGGAAGUCUCCAGGAGACGAAGAUGACAAGGACUGCAAAGAAGAGGAGAACAAAAGCAGCUCCGAGGGUGGAGACGCCGGCAACGACACAAGAAACACAGCUUCAGACUUGCAGAAAACCAGUGAAGGGACCUAACUACCAUAAUGAAUGCUGCAUAUUAAGAGAAACCACAAGAAGGUUAUACAUUUGGUUGUCUAAUAAUCUUGGAUUUGAUAUGAACCAACACAUACUCCUUGUUGUCAUUGACAGAACCCCAGUUUGUAUGUACAUUAUUCACACUCCUCUCUGUUGUGUUUGGGGGAAAAAAAAGACAUUUUAGCCUUUUUUAAGGUUAUUUAAUUUCAUGUUAUUUGGUUGCAUGAAGUUGCCCUUAACCACUAAGGAUUAUCAAGAUUUUUGCACAAACUUCUACAUGUCUAGGAUCCUUUUAUCAAGGCGGCUGUGUUCAUCAUUCUCCUGCCUUGACUCCACUAUCACCAGAGGCUCAGUUAAAGAUAAAUUAGCAUUUUCUUAAAACGACCACUCCACAUAAUGCUUAAGGGAUUUCUUCUCUGUGACAGAACCCAGGAACCAGUUCCUAAACACAUAACGUUGGCAUAUUGAAGAUAAAAUUGAAAUUGUCCUUCAGUUUUGAGGCCAUGUGUAAAGUUUAACCAUAUUGUAAAAUAUCUAUUCCGUAUUAGAAAUAGCUAGUCAACAGCUUAUACUUCUCAAAACUCAUACUGUUAUGUACACAAACUCAGUUUUUAUAUGUGAAGUUAGUGAGUCCUUUUGUGUUAUUCCAAAAUAAAGGCAAUGAUUUAUUUUUUCCCCAUGCCAGUACAAUUUGAGCUAAUCACUCAAGGUGGAUACUUUACAUUUUAAAGCUGGAGUCAGCAGUAGCCCUAUGGGAAACCAGACAAAGCAUUGACUUUUAAAUGAACCAUUGUUUUCUUUUGGAGCUAGAAUUAGAAUAGUUGAUACUCAUCCACAAACCAUUAUUAUGUGUACAUUAUUGUUGCUAUUGUGAUAAUAGAGAAUUUUAUUUAUUUUUAUGCCAGCUUAUAUUGUGAGAGCUCAUUUAGUCAAUUUGGGUUUUAUCAAUCCUGUUAUGCUUGUCCUUGGACCAUCUUUCGCGUAUUCGAGGUUUGUAGUUGAAAAGUUUACUGUAAAAAAAAAAAAUCAAAAACAAAAAAAUGUAUUGUUUUUACAGAAUAAAUUUAUUGGAAUGUG